AUGAACUCAAUAACUGCUCCACUCUACACAAGGAUCUCACGCAUUUUCACCGGAGCUCGAGCUUCCCCUAAAACCCUCCUCAAUUUACGCCGGCCGCGAGGUUCAUCGAAGCCCUUUUCCGUCAAUCAACCGCUUCCGACGCCCUUUUUCGUCAUCUCGAGCCCGAGGCGCUGCGGUGGUGGUGGGACGUCGAUAGCCGCCAGAUUUUUUACGAUGUCGAGCAGCGGAGGCGACGGCCAAUGUACGGUGGAGCUGCCGAUGUCUCCGUCGAGCGUUCUCAAGAUUCAGAAAGGCGACAUCACUCAGUGGUCCGUCGACGGGUCCUCCGACGCUAUUGUCAAUCCAGCCAAUGAAGUGAUGCUUGGAGGUGGUGGUGCUGAUGGAGCCAUACAUCGAGCUGCGGGUCCUGAACUACGGGCAGCAUGUUAUAAAGUCCCAGAAGUAAAGCCUGGCGUUCGGUGUCCAACAGGAGAAGCAAGGAUUACCCCAGGCUUCAAGUUGCCAGCUUCUUAUGUGAUUCAUACAGUUGGGCCGAUAUACAAUGUGGAUGGGAACCCUGAAGCCUCUUUGAGAAAUGCUUACAGAAACAGUUUACGCGUGGCAAAAGAACACAACAUUCAGUACAUUGCAUUUACUGCUAUCUCAUGUGGGGUGUAUGGGUAUCCCUAUGAUGAAGCUGCAACUGUGGCCUUAUCUACAGUCAAGGAAUUUGCAGGGGACUUCAAAGAGGUGCAUUUUGUUCUGUUCUCGGAUGAGAUUUAUGAUGUUUGGUCGAGAAAGGCCCGUGAAUUGCUUCAAGAGUGA